GAGCGAUUACGACAACUUGCCAUAUAAGGAUUGUUCCAUCUUCUAGUCUGUGUUUGGUUGGGUGUCAGAUUCUUCGAAGUAGGCCGAACGUGCGGUGUGCGUUCGCUCACUGUAAACACCAGCACAUGUGAGUUGUUUCUGAAUCAUCCAUUAUCAAAAUUUGCUUUAUUUUCUCACAUUAAGCGAACUGUGUUUUGUAUUCUAUCCGUAAAACACUAAACUGAUGAUUGGUUUUGUUCCACGAUCCUAAUUAUUGUGAAUUUCCACAAAUAAAACUUAAUUUACGCCGAGGGAUUGCGGCUUUUACGGCUUCCUGUGCUGUGACGUCACAUGAGCGCCAUCUUGUAGUAACAAGGGUGUGCCGAGAAAAUCGGUAAAGUUGGGAAGGGUAGAAGUGAUCGAGUUACGAUAGGUGACAUAUAUUGAAACACAAUAUGUCGCUCUCACUUAAAGUGAGUAUUGUUGAGAAAAAUGUUGUCAAAACUAUGCAAUUUGAGCCCUCCACAAUUGUCUACGAUGCAUGUCGAAUGAUACGAGAAAAAAUUUCAGAAGGUGGAGGAGAUUCGGGGCUAGGCGAGUCAAAAAAUUAUGGCCUUUUUCUCGCUGAUGAAGAUCCCAAGAAAGGGGUUUGGUUAGAACCUGGUAGAUCUCUUGAAUAUUAUUUAUUGAGGAAUGGGGAUCUCUUAGAAUACAAAAGAAAAAUGAGAACACUUCGAGUGAGAAUGUUAGAUGGAACAGUAAAAACCGUCCUUGUUGAUGACAGCCAAGUUGUGGCAAACCUCAUGGUUGUUAUUUGUACAAAAAUUGGUAUCACUAAUCAUGAUGAGUUUUCGUUGAUUCGAGAGAUCACGGAUGAAAAUAAAGAACCCAAUACUGGAACUCUAACACUAAGAAAGGAAAAGAAGGAUAAAGAUAAGGAUCAAAAAAUGGAACAGCUGAAAAAGAAGUUGAAAACAGAUGAUGACUUAAACUGGGUUGAUCAUUCCAAAACUCUUAGAGAACAGGGAAUUGAUGAAGAGGAAACCCUACUCCUUCGAAGAAAGUUUUUCUUUUCAGAUCAGAAUGUUGAUUCCAGGGAUCCAGUGCAACUGAACUUACUAUAUGUGCAGGCUCGAGAUGCAAUCAUAAAUGGAACUCAUCCUGUGACUAUUGAUCAGGCUGCGCAGUUUGCUGGCAUGCAGUGCCAAAUACAGUUUGGAGAUCAUGUUGAAACUAAGCACAAGCCAGGAUUUUUAGAUUUAAAAGAAUUCUUGCCAAAAGAUUAUUGCAAAAUGAAAGGAAUAGAGAAAAGGGUUUUUGCAGAACAUAAAAAAUUUAUUGGAAAUACAGAAUUGGAAGCUAAAGUGAAAUAUGUUUCAUUAGCCAGAUCGCUGAAAACAUAUGGAGUCACAUUUUUCCUUGUUAAAGAAAAAAUGAAAGGAAAGAACAAACUUGUGCCACGGUUACUUGGGGUUACAAAAGAUAGUGUUUUACGAUUGGAUGAAAAAACUAAAGAGAUUCUGAAAACAUGGCCUCUAACAUCUGUAAGAAGAUGGGCUGCUUCCCCAAAUAGCUUUACUUUGGAUUUUGGUGAUUACUCAGAUUCUUAUUAUUCUGUUCAAACUACAGAAGGAGAGCAAAUAACUCAACUUAUUGGAGGUUACAUUGAUAUCAUUUUAAAAAAGAAAAAGGCAAAGGAUCACUUUGGAAUUGAAGGUGAUGAAGGUUCCACCUUAGUGGAAGAUUGUGUUUCACCUGCAACAGCUACUUUCCUCCAAAGUAAUCCUGGUACUAAAGUUUCUCAUGCAGUAUCUGGUUCAGUAGUGAUUCCUGGUGUUCUAAGAGCUGAUGCCAAUGGGCCACGACCAUAUGGAACAGGUCAGACACAAGGAGCUCAGAAUGUUGAAGUGAAAGAAACUGCGCAUAGUGCAUAUUCAGCAAUCCAGCCUCAACAUCCUAAAGUUCACAGCACUAUGUCAGAACCACAGAGAGCUCUCCUCAGUACAAUCAGUGCUGGCAGAAGUUCUGUGGAUCGUACUCAUGCAGAUCUUUCUGAACGAAUCCAUCUGCCAGAACUUGGAAAAGAUCCUGCUUCUAUCCAGUGGAAACAAAAUACAAUGGAUGUAAAAAAACAAAAUGUAACAUCUCAGCUUGCUGCUAUGAAUGCUGCAACUGCUCAAGUUAUUACCCUAACUUCAGGACCCCCUGAAGAAGUUGAUCAUCCAGCAGUUGGAGCAGCUGUGACAACUAUAACAACAAAUUUGUCUGAAAUGUCAAAAGAUGUUAAGAUGAUUGCAGCAUUAAUGGAUGAUGACCUACAGGGUGAAAACCUUCUAGAUGCUGCUAGAAAUCUGUGUUCUGCAUUUUCUGAUCUCCUGAAAGCAGCAGAACCAGAAACUAAAGAACCUCGCCAAAACUUGUUAAAUGCAGCCGGCAGAGUUGGAGAAGCAAGUCAUGCAGUUCUUCGUAACAUCGGUGAGGAAGAUGCUAUUGAUAAAGAAAUACAGGAUAUUUUACUGGGUCUGGCCAAACGUGUCGCAAAUGCUACUGCAAACUUAGUACUUAAAUCAAAAAAUGUUGCUAGUAAAUGUGAAGAUCAAGCUCAACAAAAUAAAGUUAUUACUGCUGCAACACAGUGUGCAUUAACCACAUCACAACUUGUUGCUUGUGCCAAAGUUGUUGCACCAACAAUAACAAAUCCAACUUGUCAACACCAGCUGAUUGAAGCAGCUAAAGAAGUAUCGAGGGCUGUAGAUGGCAUUAACAAAGCCUGCAAUGAAGCCACUAAGGAUAAAGCCCUCUUGAGUGACAUGAAUCAAGCAAGUGGCCAGGUUGAAGAUGCUUUGAAUGAUCUGCUGAAUCAUAUAAGAACAGCACCAAAACAGCGUGCUCAAGCUUCUGUUCAUGAUGGUGCUGUGGAUGUAAUAUUAGAUGCUACAGACAAAUUAUUCAGCAGUAGUGGUGAUGCUGGAGAAAUGGUUCGCCAAGCUAAAAUAUUGGCAACAGCUACUGCAACCUUAAUCCAAGCCAUCAAAGGAGAAGCUGAUUCACAGUCUGAUUCUGAUGUACAAAAACGUUUGUUAGCAGCUGCAAAAGUUCUAGCAGAUGCUACAGCUAAAAUGGUGGAAGCUGCAAAGGGUUGUGCUUCUAAUCCUCAUGAUUCAGCAUCCCAGGCUGCUCUUCAGAAAGCGGCUGAAGACCUUAGAAAUGCUACUAAUGCAGCAGCAAACAAUGCUCUGAAACGAAAACUCAUUCGUAGAUUAGAGCAAGCAGCAAAACAUACUGCUGCUAUGUCUACUCAAAAUAUUGCUGCUGCUCAAGGAGCUAGUCAAUACAACCAAAAUCCAAGUUCUCAAGAAGAACUCCUUGAAAGUUGUAAGGAAGUUGCAGAAGUUAUUCCAAAAUUAGUUCAGGGUGUCAAAAGUACUAUUAUGGAUGUUGAUAAUCCCUCUUCACAGCUUGCAUUAAUCAGUUCAUGUGAACUUAUGCUACAGCAUGGCAACAAAAUGGUUUCAGCAUCUAAAGCAGCCCUUCCUACCAUCACAGACCAGUCUGCAAGUUUACAACUGAAUAAUGCUACAAAGCAAAUGACAAAUGCUUUAACAGAACUGCGAUCUUCUUUGAUGAAGGCUCAAGAGGCAUGUGGGAGCUUGGAAUUAGAAAAUGCAUUGGACUUAAUUCGAAGUCUGGAUGAAGAGCUAUUGGCAUUUAGAAAAGCUGCAGAGAAUUUAGAGUUGAAGCCUCUUCCAGGUGAAACAAUGGAAAAUUCAGCUUUGCAACUUGGAGCAAUAUCAAAAGUUGUGGGAUCAUCAAUGGCUCAAUUGCUUACUGCUGCUUCUCAAGGCAAUGAAAACUAUACUGGAAUUGCUGCACGUGACACUGGAAGUGCUCUCAAAAUCUUAACCAAGGCUGUUCGGGGUGUUGCUGCUACAAGCAAUGACAGAGAAAUACAAACUAAGAUAAUUGACAAUGCCAGAGAUGUGAUGGAUAAGUCUACAUUAUUAAUUCAGGAAUCCCAACGAGCUAUGAAUAAUCCUAGCAAUCCUGAUAUCCAACAAAGGCUGACUCAGGUUGCAAAAUCUGUUUCUACUGCUCUUAACAAUUGUGUCAAUUGUUUACCAGGACAGAAAGAUGUAGAUGAUGCAAUCAAAAAUAUUACAGAUGCCAGCCAAAUUCUUAAUUCCAGAGAGUUCCCUCAGUCUAAUAAGCCAUAUAUUGAACUUCAAAGCAAUUUAAGUAAUGCUGCUGCAAAUUUGAAUGUUGCUGCUACUGAUGUUGUUGCUUCAUCUAAAGGCUCACCUGCCCAAUUAGCCACAUCAUCCAAAAAAUUUGGGAAGGCUUUCAAUGAAUUACUGGAUUGUGGUGUUGACAUAAUUGGUGGCACUAAGGACACUGAAGUUCGUAGUUCCAUGGUGGUUAGUUUAAAAAAUGUUUCAAUGGUUUCAAGCAAGCUUCUUGUAGCUGCAAAAUCUGUUGCUGCUGAUCCUGGAGCUCCCAAUGCCAAGAAUCAACUUGCUGCUGCUGCUAGAUCAGUCACCGAAAGUAUAAACAACUUAAUCAAUGUUUGUACAUCAGCUGCACCUGGUCAGAAAGAAUGUGAUAAUGCCAUUAGAAACAUACAAAGCAUGAGGCCUUUAUUAGAUAAUCCAAAUGAACCAGUUAAUGACUGCAGUUAUUAUGAUUGCUUAGAUUCUGUAACUGAGAAAUCCAAAAAUUUGGGUGAUGCUAUGACAGGAAUUGCAAAUUAUGCCAAAAAGAAUGAUCUUGAAAAUUUUGGUGAAGCUGUAAAUGAUGUGUCAACUGCUGUAUGUGGUCUUGUGGAAGCAGCUGCUCAGGCUGCUUAUCUUGUUGGAGUAUCUGAUCCAUCCAGUGUAGCUGGUCGACCUGGACUUGUUGAUGUUGCACAGUUUGCCCGCGCCAACCAAGCUAUUCAAACUGCAUGCCAACAGUUAACGAGUUCAGCCAGUAAUCAGCAGCAAAUAUUGUCAGCUGCUACUGUUAUUGCUAAGCAUACUUCAGCUCUUUGCAAUUCAUGUCGCAUUGCAUCUUCUAAAACAUCAAAUCCUGUAGCUAAGCGCCAUUUUGUUCAGUCUGCAAAAGAUGUGGCAAAUGCUACUGCUAAUUUAGUUAUGGAAAUUAAGGCCUUAGAUCAAAACCCAACUGAAAAAAAUCGUCAAAAUACUGCUGCUGCAAUUAAGCCUUUGACUGAAGCAGUUGAAAAUCUGACAACUUUUGCAUCAUCCCCAGAAUUUGCAAGUAUACCAGCUAAAAUUAGUCAGAAGGCUAGAGCUGCCCAAGAACCAAUUACAUCAGCUGGUAAAAGUAUCAUAGAUGGUUCCUGCAACAUGAUCCAGUCUGCAAAAUCAUUAGCUGUCAAUCCUAAAGAUCCUCCAACAUGGCAAACAUUAGCCAGCCAUAGCAAAAAUGUUUCAGAUUCGAUCAAGAAGCUUGUUUCAUCCAUUAAAGAUAAAGCACCAGGUCAAAAAGAAUGUGAUGCAGCAAUAGAAAAAUUAAGUUCGUGUAUCCGUGAUCUUGAUAGAGCAUCUCUUAGUAUUAUAAGUCAGAACUUAACUCCUCGAACAGAAUACAGCCUGAAGGGCUAUCAAGAGCAAAUGGAAACCACUGCUUCAGAAAUUAUGGAUAGAAUAGAUGGAGUACGAAAUGCAGCAAAAGGUGAAGCUGAAAAACUUGGCCAUUUGCUUACCUUUGAUGAUUGAAAUUUUGAGGU